AUGUGAAAGUAAAAAGUGAUUGAGAGAGCGUCAAGUCAACAACAUCUACAGAAGAUUGGCUUGCUUUUGUUUGCUUGUGAAGGCCAUCGGGCGUUGAACAGAUAUGUAACAAAUAAGACAAAGAUUUAGUAUUAUCCUUUAAAAUAUAAGUAGAAUCUUCCGCAGAUUCUUUAUAGAAGAAGGAAACAGAAGUAGAUCGAAAUGGCUACAAGCUCUUCUCAUCCAAAGGAGGACUGCCUUUGCCCCGUGUGCCGUGACUUAUACAGAGAUCCCAUCCUUCUAAUGUGCGGUCACAGCUUCUGCCGAAACUGCAUCCAGGAAUGGCGGACUCAGAAAGGAAGCAAGACGUGUCCUGUCUGCAAGAAGAUGUGUUCCUUGGAUCUACCGCCGCGAAAUCUCGCGCUAAAGAACCUGACUGACUGCCUACGGGAGGAGGCGUCGCGCCAGACAGCGGAGGACCUGUGUGAGACCCACGGAGAGAAGCUCAAGUUGUUCUGCGUGGACCACCAGAAGCCUAUCUGUGUGAUUUGCAGGGACGCAAAGGAUCACAAGAAACACCAAUGUGUACCCAUCAAUGAAGCAGCGGAAGAUAACAAAAAAGAGCUGAGGAUUGCACUGAUGCACUUGAGAACAAAAUUGAGCAAAUUUAAAGAAGAGAAACUGACAUGUGACCAAAUGUACACCUACAUUCAGAAACAGGCAGAGCAGACAGAAGAGAAUAUUAAAGGAGAAUUCAAGAAACUUGACCAGUUUCUGCGUGCAGAGGAGGCUGCUCGCAUUGAUGGACUAAGGAAAGAGGCGGACAAGAAGAGUCAGGCCAUGCAGAUCAGACGCGCCAAUCUGUUUGCUGAGACUUCCUCUAUUUCCAAAACCGUGAAAGCUGCAGAGAAGGACCUGGAGGCUGCAGACCUCUCAUACAUGAUUAACUACGAAGCAAUCAAAAAGAGGGCCCAGUGUACACUGCCAGACCCUGAGACUCCAUCAGGGGCCCUCAUCGAUGAGGCCAAACACAGAGGGAACCUGCUCUUCCACGUCUGGAAGAAGAUGAAGAGCAUCAUUCAAUACACAUCGUUCCUUUUAGAUCCCAACACUGCAAAGUCCAACAUGAUUGUGUCAGAAAAUUUGAUGAGUUUGACAAUGAACAACAAAAAGAGAGAAGUCCCUUCAAACCCAGAGCGAUGCUUUGGGCAUGCUCAUGUCCUUGGCUCCACUGGGAUUAGCUCUGGGAUACAUUUCUGGGAUGUACAUUUGGGGGAUAAUUGCGAAGUUGGGGUUAUAACAAAAACUAAAGAGGAGACCCGGGCUAGUCUCUUCGUCCACGACAGUCUCGUUGUAGGUCAACAUAGUCCAGAAAAUGAAGACUAUCCGAUAGUAGUUGAUCACUUUCCUAAAAACAUCAGAGUACAGUUUGAACAUGACAAAGGAACGCUGUUGUUUUAUGACCUUGACACAAAAAAAUACCUACAUACAAUUACACACAAGUUCACAGGAGUCUAUUUCCCAUUUUUCCGUGGUGAUGUUAAACUUAUCCCACAGUGCUCCCCAUUAGUGUAGCCUCAUGGUAAUGACACAUUAAAGAGGAAACAUGACCUUUCUAAUCUGUAUUCUGCCAUUAUUGAUUCACUGCAUAAAGGAAUACAUUUGUGUUUAUUGGCUCCACAGGAACAUUUUGUUAAUGCCAAAUGUAUCACAAAUGAUCUAUGAUCUCUGGUUUAUUUUUUGUUUGAAUCAUUUUAAGUUGUAGAUUUAUUGUCUGAUUUACAUAAUUGUAAGACAUAAUUGAGAAUGUAAUGCCAAAUAUAAACCCUGACAAUCUUUUGAUGUUACUGAUUUUACUUCCCUGUUUAUGUACAAGGUUUACAUGUAUAUGUUUAGAAAUAAUGCGGCAAGUCAAUGUACUCUCCGGGUACAAAGAGUGAUGGUUCAUUCCCAUAACAUGCCUGUCUUCAAACCUAAAUGACAGAAUAGUUUGUUUGUAUAGGACGUCCAACAAGACCCAGAAGAAUGUUUAAGCCCCCUAUCGGCUUUUUGAAGAAACAGCAAUACUUUAUAGUAUGUAUACUGUACAAUAUGUGAAGGUUCUUUCUUGGCAAACAAAAUGGAUGACAUUGUUUUUUUUGACAGUGGAAAAUACAACAUUUUAGGUUCUUCAGCAUUAAAAUGCGUUUUGAUGACAUUUCUGGCGACAAAUGCACGUUUUAUUUCGUAAUCUUGAGUCAGUGAAUGUAUAUGACAUUUAGUAUGUUAGUUAAUGCAACGUUUUCUAUUGUUGCCAUGGUGAUUCUUAUGGAUGCUACUAUCCCUUAAACCACUCAGCUUGCAUGUUGUUUUAAUCAAUGUCUUUGCGUUGUGUAGUCACCUGAGCUGUUGUGUUAAGUGCAAUUUGUUCAAGGGACCCACGGAUGACAUUUAUUCUUCUUUGGGAUCAGGGGAAAGUGUUUUUGUGGGACAGAGCCGAAGUUCACGUUCGCUCUGCUUCCGCUGAUAUAAUCCAUUCCUAUAUAAAAAUAUAAACAAAAUACAUUUUGUUGGACAAGAUGAUCAUGACACAUUAAAACCGUUAUUGGAGGAUGUUCUGUCAAUAAAAACUUAUAUUUUCGAGUGAUAAAGGGAUGACAUAUGUUCUUCUUCUUUGGGACGGAUUAGGCCGACCUAUUUUGUGGGCCAACCAGGAAGUUUAUUUUUGCUUUACUUCUAGCCGAAAAUCGGCUCCAAAGCUUAAUUUUAUUCAUUUUUUUAUCAAGAUAUGACAAAUUAAUGCCCCCUUAAAUGUUUAUGAAGUGUAAAUGCAAUCAAUAAAGCAAAAGGCAGACGUCAAGCAUUUGAAAAACC